ACAAAUAAACAUGGAAAACUUCUCCGCACUCAUAAAAUUCUGCCAGGAAAAUAUUUACAAUAUUUCUAAACUCAAAGAAACAUAUAAAGAAGUCCGUGGCAAAAAAUCUAUUUUUGGAAAUAACAAUGAUAAAAAUAAGAUAUUUGAUAUGUGUGAUAAGAUACUCAAAGACCCCAAGUAUGAUAACGAUAUAAUUUCCAAACCAUUAACAGUGAAUCAAAAACAAUUUAUCGAACAAUUCGAAUCUCAAUUAUCCAUGAAUAUUGAAAAGGUCAGAGCGUACACGAUUAGUUUCGAAUCUUCUAAGAAUAUGAAAAUUGUAGAAGUGGCAGAAUUUGAAUAUCCGGUUGUUCAUAUCAUUGCAGCUCAAGGGUAUCCAAAUAUCGAAAUGGCUACCAGUGAUAUAUGUAAUUGUACUUAUUUUAAAGAUUUUAUUAGGACAUAUUAUGAUAUAGAUUUUGAUAAUAUAGAAGGCAUUUCAUAUAACCAAUUAAAAACUAUCAUUCUAGCAACCAAAAUCGAAUAA